AUGAAGCCGCUCAGAGGCAUCAUCCAGACUGCGGCGUUGCCUGCCAUGGCGUCCCUCCUCAACCCAUUGCCAGCGGGCAUCAACUACAACUCGACCGAGGUUGUCUUUGUGAAUCAAAAGGCCCUGGCGACGCUUCCGUACUAUUUCGAGCGCGGUCAAAUGUCGCAGGUAUGGGGCACCGUGACCUCCAGUCCACGAGUCAACAGCGAGCUGUCCACUCUGGCCAAAGCAUCCUUUGUCGCCUUUGACAGCCGCUUCUUCGACAUCCUGGGCCCCAAUCCCACCCUCGAAAAACUCUUCGAUCUCCCCGAACACAAUGUCCACGAAGCCCCCAAUUUUCUGCCCGCGCAGAAUAAAGUCUUCGUGUCCAACUUCAACCACACGUACGAGUACCUGGUCGACUUGAGCGUGGAGCCGCCGGCGCUGCAGAACCUCACCACGGAUCCGCCGCUGGAGUCUGUCAAUGGCGGCUUCAUCCACGAGGGAAAGCUGGUCGUGGGGACGGAUGGGUACCGCAACUCGACGCCCCCGGGUCUGUACCUGUACGACCCGGCCACGAACAGGAGUGAGCCGCUGCUCAACAACUAUCGAGGGCUCAAGCUGUCGACCCCGGACGACUUGGUGGUUGACCAGCUCGGACAGGUGUGGUUCGUGGAUGCACCAUUCAGCUACGUCGCCUGGACAUACGACAACCCGCCCGAACUCGCCCCCUCGAUCUACUGCUUCAACAUGACCUCGGGCGCCCUGUCCGUCGUCGACCAGAGCAUCCUCUGGCCCAACGGGAUCGCCUUCUCGCCCGACAACCAGACGCUGUACAUCACCAGCACGCCGCUCGGCCCGGACAACAGCACCGAGAACCACGCCAUCGUCGCCUUCGACGUCCUCUACCCGCACACCCUCGCGAACAAACGCACCGUCUACGUCCCCGACACGUACUUCGCCGACGGCCUCAAAGUCAGCGAGGCCGGCAACCUGUACGCGGCGGCCGGGUCGGGGAUCGACGUCAUCACCCCCGAGGGCGACCUGCUCGGCAAGAUCACCGCCGCGGGCGAAGUUUUUAAUAAUCUGGUCUUCCUCCCUCGGGGAGAGAUUCUCGUCACGGGCGUCCAGGGGAUCUGGAGGGUGCGGAUCCGCGAGCAGGGCAUUGUCCAUUACUAG